AUGGAGAAAAAAGUGUCUAGUGAGUCUCCCGAUGGGCUCCGGGAUGAACCCGUAAUGCAACAUGCCGAGCAACAGGGCCGACGCGGUUCUACUGCUCUCAACAUUAUUGAGAAUCCUCUCAAGCGCAAAACCGAGGACCAGGCAGUUCGCGAUGCAAAGACCUUUGCUGAAACCCAUGGCAUGUCUGAGCACGCCGAACUCUUUGGUCGCGCCGCUCUGGUGGCACGAGAUCCCAAGAGAUUUGAGAUGAUCUCGGAACUGCAUGAGGAAGAGCGCAGCGCUCUCUUGUAUGAAAGAGAUCACAAGUGGCAUGGUCCAUUCAUGCUGUGGUACUCGAUCGGUCUCUGUGCUGUGGGAGCUGCUACUCAGGGAUGGGAUCAGACGGGAGCCAACGGCGCAAACUUGUCCUUUCCCCAGGAGUUCGGAAUUGAUAAGCCGGGAAGAGAUGAAUGGAUUGUUGGAUUGGUCAACUCUAUCAUCUUUCUCACUGCUGGUCUCAUCGGCGCUUUCAUCGUUGAUCCGCUCAAUCACUAUUUGGGACGACGUGGAGAGAUCUUCGUCACGGCUGCUUGUCUUACUGCAACUCCGAUCGGAUCUGGUUUUGCCAAGUCGUGGCAGGGUCUCUUUGCCGCGAGAUUCGUCAUGGGCAUCGGCAUUGGCGCCAAGAACGCCACGGUGCCUAUCUAUUCGGCUGAGAUGGCUCCCGCCAGGACUCGAGGUGCUCUUGUCAUGUUCUGGCAGCUUUGGGUUGUCGCUGGUAUCUUCUUGGGUUUCGCCGCCAAUGUUAUCGUCAAGGACACUGGCCCAAUUGCUUGGCGACUCCAGUUUGGUUCUGCCUUUAUCCCGUCGUUUGUCCUUAUGAUUGGCAUCUUCUUCUGCCCCGAGUCACCAAGAUGGCUUAUGAAGCACAACAAGCACGAUAAGGCGUUCCGAUCUAUGCUCAGGCUGCGAGCCCACCCCAUUAUCGCAGCAAGAGACUUCUACUACUCAUACAUCAUCUAUGAGGAGGAGAAGAAGGAGGCCCGUGGCUCCGGCUACUUUUCCCGACUGUGGGAUUGCUUUGCUGUGCCCAGGAUCCGAAGAGCCAACUAUGGUGCUUCGACUGUCAUGAUUGCGCAGCAAAUGUGUGGUAUCAACAUCAUUUCCUUCUACAGUUCGUCCAUUUUCGAGAGCGUGGGCUACACCGCGACCGAAGCAUUGUAUGCAUCGCUCGGAUACGGUGCUGUUCAAGUCUUGGCAACCAUCCCGACUUUAUUCCUCAUUGACACAAAGGGCCGUAGAACCCUGACCAUGAUUACCUUCCCCCUCAUGUGCAUCUUCCUCUUGGCUGCCGGGCUUUCACUCCUUCCCAAUGGUGCAUAUCAUAUUGCUCCUCAGGAUGCAAACCAGAACCCUGGAAACGACUUUAGAUCCCGUGGUGCGAGGAUUGGACCCGUUGUUCUUUUCGUGUACCUGUUUACCAUUUGCUACUCGUUGGGUGAAGGGCCGGUCGCGUUCCAGUACUCUGCCGAAGUCUUCCCCACGAUUCAGCGUGAACAGGGAAUGGCAUGGGCUGUCUGUAUCAACAACACCUUUGCUGGAAUCUUAGGUUUGACUUUCCCACGCAUGAAGACAGUUAUGACUUCAACAGGAGCCUUCGGUUUCUAUGCCGGUCUCAAUCUAGUUGCUUGGGUCAUGAUUUUCUGCUUCGUGCGAGAAACGAAACAGCUCACGCUGGAAGAAUUGGACCAGGUUUUCUCGGUGCCAACAAAGAAGUUUAUUCAUUACGAAUCAACUGUGUGGCUUCCGUGGUUCAUCAAGCGAUACGUUUUCUUCCAAAAGAUCCCUCGCCCGCCUCCUAUUAUCGAGAAGGCGGAAAAUGUCGACGACGUAAAGGAGGCGUAA